AUGUCACUAACCAACUUACCUCGCGAGCUUCUCUACGCUAUAGCCGAACACCUACACGCAGAGAGCGAUCUCAACGCAUUUGCGCGAGCCAAUCGUCUCCUCUACCACCUUACCAACCCAUACCUCUACGACCACAAUAUACGACAUUCCAACAGCACUGCGCUACUGUGGGCAGCUGAGCAUGGGAAAGAACGCACCUUGUGCAAGCUGCUAGAA